UUUAUAGGAUUUUAUUUUUCUUCUUUCAGAGGAAUAUGAAAGGCAAAGAGUUUCAGGCCCUUUGUGCUGUGAUACUUUUGUUGUCAAAUUGUCCCCUUGCUGGAGGAAUAAAUCCCCUGUUUAUUUGCAUGACUGGGGUUCUUGGUGUAGGAAGCGUUGCAUUGGCAGUGCUUCCGCUCCUUGGAUUCACAUCUUCUGGGAUAGCAGCAGGAUCCAUUGCUGCAAAAAUGAUGUCGGCUUCGGCAGUAGCUAGUGGUGGGGGUGUUGUCGGGGGUGGAAUGGUUUCUUAUUUGCAAUCUGUGGCAACAGGCGGGAUAUCGGGAUCCGUACUCACCGCUGUUGGGAAGGCAUUUGCUUUUUGUACAUCAGGAGGAAUGUUAUAAAAAAAAAAACCCUUGUAUUAAGUCUAAUUUGAAAAUCUACGAAUUGUAAAUGUGAUUUAAAAAAACGCUUCUAUUCUUGACGUUUUAAGUUAUCCCGUUUAGCAUAUUAAAUUUGUCCAUCUCUAUCCUGUUUUGUGUAUGUAGUUGUUGAGCAUAAAAAUAAAUUGCUUAUGAAUUG